UACCUCUAUAACUCCUACCUGUUAGACAGACUGACUACAGUAUACUACCUCUAUAACUCCUACCUGUUAGACAUUAUACUGUCAGCAAAACAGAGAUAUUUAAAUUGCCCCCCCCUCCUUCUCCUCUCUCUCCCAGGAGAAGAAAUCAGUAGCGAAGUCUGUUUCCCUCAACACGGGUCUCUCCACGGCCAUGUCUCUGGGCCUGAGGACCAUCUCCCAUAGCGAGUCCUAUACCUGGGCCCAGAACAACAGCAGCAGCAGUAGUGGAGGAGGAGGAGGAGGAAGCCCCCCUGCUAAACCCUUCCUACCUCGGCAGAACUACGGAGGCAGUCUCAGUGCUCUCAACACACACACAGAAAACAACGCCGUGACCAAUAAGAUACAGUGUAUGACUCAGUUAUGUACACCUCCACGAAUCUCCCGGACCUUAUCGAUGGGAAGAAACCUGUCGUAUAUUGCCAACGAGAAGCGUCACAUAGAGUUGAUAGAGCUGGAGAACGAUGGCAAGGGGCUGGGCUUCGGCAUUGUAGGGGGUCGAUCCUCUGGAGUCCUGGUCAAAACCAUCCUACCAAGUGGACCUGCUGGACUGGACAAGCGUCUGCGUAGCGGGGACCACAUCCUGCGCAUCGGGGGACACAGACCUGGCGGGCAUGGGCAACGAGGAAGUGGCUCACGUUCUCCGCAACGCAGGCAACAACAGAGGGUGGCCAGGAUGGGCAACCAGCUGUGUGAUGUGGAGGAGGACUAUGAGUACAGUGUCCAGUUCUGUAAGAACAACAUGGGCCUGGGAUUCACUAUCACCAGCUCCAUGGGGGAGCAGAACUCUGGGGUGCAGGUGAAGAGCAUCGUGAAGGGCAGCGCUGUGGACCAAGCCAAUCAGAUACACAUCGGAGACAAGAUCUUAGCUGUGGAUGGUGUAAGCCUGCAGGGCUGCAGUGAGCAGAGAGCCCUGGAGGUCCUCAGGAAGACAGGCCAGAUAGUCAGACUGAGGCUGAUAAGAAGGGCCUCUAGGAUGGGUAAAACCAUGAAGUGUCCCCCUCCUCCCCUGGAGCCCUACGUCAUCACCCGUACAGAGACAGGGAAACACGACCAGACAGACCAGACUGGGGUCAUCAACAGAGGAAAACAAAUGUCUCUGUGUGAGAUGUCCAGAAGAGCCAGUAUGGUGUACUCUGAACAACGACUAGACGCCAGGACUGGAGUGAAGCUGACGGCAGCAGAGGAAGAGGAGUUGAAGAGCAGGUGGCAGGCUGCUCUGGGACCCAGAUAUCAAGUGGUUGUGUGUCAGCUAGAGAGGUUCAGUGAGACCAGUGGUCUGGGCAUCAGCAUGGAGGCCAGGGCAGGACACCACUACCUGUGCUCCGUCUUACCUGAGGGUCCCGUGGGACAGAGCAGGAAGAUACACACUGGAGACCAGAUACUGGAGGCGAAUGGUAUCCCUCUGAUAGGAGAGACUCACAGAGAGGUGAUCAGCAUUCUGAGAGAGCUGCCUCUGUGUGUUUGUAUGGUGUGCUGCCGCAUCGUACCCCCACAGCUACGGGACAGUGACCACGAUGAUGAUGAUGAAGAUGUACAGCUCCCCCUCAAAGAGCUACUGGCUGAGUUCAAUGGCAAGUCCCAGUAUGACCAGCCCUGCUGUCUACUUCCUGGUUGUAACAACAUGGAUUGUGGGAGUCGUGGUUUUAAUAAGCCUGUGUCUCCUCCUCUGGCCAUGUGGGAGAGAGACAGUCAGGUGAUAGAGCUGGUGAAGGGCGAAGAAGGCCUGGGAUUCAGCAUCCUAGACUACCAGGACCCAGAGGAUGACUCUAAGACUGUUCUGGUAAUCCGCUCCCUGGUCCCCGGUGGCGUGGCCGACUCAGAUGGACGCCUGCUGCCAGGUGACCGGCUCAUGUCCGUCAACGACGUGGACCUGGUCAGAUCAACGCUGGAGCGCGCCGUGCAUGUGCUCAAAACCACCGGCUACGGGGUCGUGCGCAUCGGUGUCGCCAAGCCGCUGCCGGUACGACAGUAA